GGAAAGGGACAGUGAAAUGCAGUGUAGUAUAAUACUAAUAAUGGCCAGCUGGUCAAGAAGCGUACCCAGAAGCAUCCUUUGUUCACUUUGGAUGUUUCCCCCCAUUACAUAAUUAUAUAUAUAUAUAUGUUGUGCUUAUAUAUCUCAAUACACUCUUUCCCUUUGCCUCCUAAUAUAAAUAUCCCAACAUUCCAUCCUUCAUUUCUUCACAUUAACUCUUUAUCACCAAUAUUAUUUUAUCCUUCCUUACUACUACAACUAAUUCUCCAUAUCAAUGGAUUCUCUGAAUUCCUUCAAGGGAUAUGGGAAAGUAGAUCCCGUUGAAGAACAAGCCUUCCGGAAAAAAACCCGGAAGAGGCUCAUCAUCCUGGCCGUCUCCCUGGUCUUGUUACUGGUCCUCAUCAUCGGCGUGGUGGCCGGAACUCUGGCCCACAACAAGAAAUCCGGCGGCGGCAUUAAGCCCUCCACUUCCGGCCCUUCCUCUGCGCAGUCACUCAAGGCAAUGUGCAGCGUCACCCAGAAUCCCGAUUCCUGUUUCUCCAGCAUUUCCGCCAUGGAGGAAGCUAAUUCCACCUCCGAUCCCAAGAAGCUCUUUCACCUGUCUUUGCAGCUCGUGAUGGGUUCUCUGGAGAAGCUUUCCGGCUUGCCGGAAACAUGGAUGAAGAGCACCUCCGACCCGGAACUUCAGUCGGCAUUUCGAGUUUGCCAGGUCGUUUUUCAGGACGCCACUGAUGCCGCCAAUGAUACCAUCUCCUUAUUCUCCGAUGAUUCAGAGUCUGAGGAUCCCCUGUCCGGCACCGGAAUCAGUGACCUGAAAACCUGGUUGAGUACAUCGCUGACCAACUUGGAGACCUGUUUAGAUGCAUUGGGGGAAGUCAACGCCACUGCCACCACACUCGACGAGGUCAAAUCGGCGAUGACCGACUCCACCCAGUUCGCCUCCAACAGCUUGGCAAUUGUCUCCAAAUUCCUGUCUUUCCUCGACAAAUUCCACAUCCCGUCCCACCGGAAGCUGCUUUCCGAAGUUGAUUCUGUCGGGUUUCCCAGUUGGGUCAAAGCUGCGGACAGGAAGCUGCUCCAGGCUCCAGCCGCAAACCCGAAACCCGACUUGGUGGUGGCGGCGGACGGCAGCGGAGAUGUGAAAACUAUCACAGAGGCGUUGGGGAAGGUGCCCAAGAAAAGUAAGACCCGGUUCGUGAUAUUUGUGAAGGCUGGGACUUACAAUGAGAAAGUGACGGUGGAGAAACAGAUGUGGAAUGUGUUCAUGUAUGGUGAUGGUAAGGACAAGACCAUCGUCACCGCCGCCGUUAACUUCAUUGACGGAACUCGUACCCUCCUCACCGCCACUUUCACUGUUUUGGGCAAGGGCUUCGUAGCUAAGAACAUGUGCUUUCAAAACAGUGCUGGAGCAUCAAAACACCAAGCCGUUGCUCUCCGAUCAACCUCUGAUCAAUCUGUGUUCUACAACUGCUCCUUCGAUGCCUAUCAAGACACGCUUUAUUCGCACACCAACCGCCAAUUCUACAGCAACUGUGACAUCACCGGAACUGUGGACUUCAUCUUUGGCAACGCUGCUGCGAUUUACCAGAACUGCAACAUUAUGCCUAGGCAGCCACUUCCCAACCAAUUCGUAACCAUUACAGCUCAAGGUAAAAUUGACGUUAACCAGAACACCGGCAUCAUGAUCCAAAACUGCAACAUUUACCCAAAGGACAAGGUUACAGUUAAAGUUUACCUAGGCAGACCAUGGAAGGCAUACUCCACCACGAUCUUCGCCCUGUCUACCAUCAAUGGCCCAUUGGAACCACAAGGGUGGAUAGAAUGGACAUUCGGCGUCACCCCACCGCCCACCAUUUUCUAUGCCGAGUACCAAAAUAGGGGACCGGCAGCUGCUGUUACUAAGAGGGUUACCUGGCCUGGUUACAAGUCCAGCCUCACACCUAGCCAAUUGGCUGAGUUCAGCGUACCAAAAUUUUUGAACGGACAACCUUGGAUAACAGCAGCACAAGUAACAUAUACAUAAAUCAGAAUGAAUCUUUCACUAAUACAGAGAGGUUGCGGACUGGGAAGAUUUAGAGGGAAACAAAGAACAAAGAAGAGUAGCCAAAAAUAGUCAAACAUACCAAUUCAUAUUGUUGCAUAUUCUACUCCCUACAUUAUUUUGGAUUUUCUGUAUCACUUCUGAUAAACAUUGUUACUUCUAACAUUUCUGUAAUAUCACCAUACUUGUGGGAUUGUAUACUAGUAUUUCUGCAUACUGUUCUUGAAGUAAUUCAUACAAUUAAAAUGUUCUUUUCAUAUGAUACUUGUUCCUAAGCCAAGAUGUCCUUCAUGGAUCGUUCCCAAAGGUUCUAAGAUGGCACAUAUGUAACCUUCAGGAUUGAUAACAGCUGAGUUUCUUAUUACACCAAGUUCGCAUUGGACGCAAUGGUAAUUUUUCCAAAAUGGAAAACAAUAUUACAUCUCCAAAGUGUAAAGCGAGAAUUUUAGAUCAUAGAUACAACACCAGGAUGGAAAUUUCCAGUUUUGGACACAUGUUGUAUGGAUAUUAACCCCAACUACAAUCAAACUACAACACUUAGACACAGGCUUAGAGCCUCAAAGCACAAAACAAAGAAUCAUGAACAAUAAAAACUUCUUGUCUUCCUCAGAAUAGGGCAAAAUACGCAGAUUUCAUCAACUAAUCCACGACAAAGAUGCAAGCUUUAAGAAGAAAGCCACCAAAUUUCUCCAGGAACAAACAAAAUCCUUGGUUUUUUUCUUAACAGACUAGAAAGCAACAAAAGACACAGUAUUCAUAAACCAUCCUGAAAACCUUCCCCAACAUUUCUCCUCAAAGUUACACUAACACCUUUACAAAGAACUAUUGAUGGAUAAUCAAACUAUAAUCUUUGAAGAAGCAGAUGAUUUACCAUCUGCCGUGUUAGGAUUACCCCCAGCUGGAACUGUUGAUGGGACCUUAGUGACUUCACCAUAAAUAGCCUUAAGCUUAGAGAGAGAAAUAACACCGGUGGCAGCGGCUUUAGAGCCCUUUGAGAAAGCUUCCUCAGCGGCCUCAGCUUCAGCAUAGAGUUGCUUUUUCCAGUCCCAAAUAGCGCUUUUCAUCGCCUUAUUGGCUAAAGCCAGAGAAUCUUUUUCCGCUUCCAGCGCCUCAAUCUGUCUCUGCGUUCCCAUUGACCUAACACUCAUAGCCCCAAAGCAUCCCAGUAGAAAAACAUUCAUCACCGCGUUGCUGUUUGCCAUUCUGUUCAGUGCAUUCACAACUUUCUCCAUCUUUUAUGAACACCCAAAAAUAUUAAGUCUACAAGAAACGAUUUUUAUCCUCAGAAAGGAAACUUCCUCCUUUCUUUGUGGCCCGAUCAAUUGGUUUCUGAACUGGAAAGGGGGAAGCUAUUUUGAUUCUUCAGGGAAGUCGUGAGUGACCCAGAUCGGGAAAAUGUGGUGGCGGAAUGCCAGAAGGGCGGCAGCGGGAAUGUGGAAAUGGAAGUGGGUCAACGGACUCAAUGGGAACGGAUAGUAAAAGGAAGCCCAUAUUUGACUGGAU